GCAGCCCGUCCCGCCGGGCAGAGCUCCCCGCGGCCGUCCCCGGAGGAGGGAGCCGGGCAAGGGUGUCACCUGUCUGAUCAAGAAGUAUUAAAACUGGACAAUGCCUUCCAGAUAGCUGAAGAGCACAAGGAGCGGGGGAAGGUGCUCCUUUAUUCUAGUUGGCGGGGGAGAGACUUUGAGGCAAAACGUUGGACUCCCCAGUCUCUCCCCAUGGAUAAAGGACACGCUUUACCCCAGGAUAUCCGAGACCUGCGGCACUGCCUGAGAAUGAAGAGCAAGUAUGCCAUUCUCCUGGUGUUUGUUGUAGCUCUUGUCAUUAUCGAGAAGGAAAACAAUAUCAUAUCGAGGGUAUCAGACAAGCUGAAGCAAGCCCCACAAUCUCUGAUGGAGGUCAACAGCACAGACCCUGGCCUAGUGCUGUCAGAAAAUGGGUCCCUCUUGUCCCUCAGCGAGCUGGACUCUGCCUUCUCUCAGCUCAAGAGCCGGCUUCAGAAUGUCACCUUGCAGCUGGGAGGGACCAAGGAGCCUGCUGUGGCACAGGGACCCCGGAGACAUGUGCUCCUGAUGGCCACCACCCGCACAGGUUCCUCCUUUGUGGGAGAGUUCUUCAACCAACAGGGCAACAUUUUCUAUCUCUUCGAGCCAUUGUGGCACAUCGAGAGGACAGUGUCAUUCGAGCCAGGCGGAGCAAACGCGGUGGGAUCGGCCCUCGUCUACCGAGAUGUCUUGAAGCAGCUGUUACUCUGUGACCUCUACAUCCUGGAGAACUUCAUCACCCCAUUCCCUGAGGAGCACCUGACCCCUUAUAUGUUCCGGCGGGGCUCAAGCCGCUCCCUGUGCGAGGAUCCUGUUUGCACCCCUUUUGUCAAGAAGGUCUUUGAGAAGUACCACUGCAAGAACCGCCGCUGUGGCCCCCUCAACAUUACCCUCGCUGCAGAAGCCUGCCUGCACAAGAAUCACAUGGCACUCAAGACAGUGCGAAUUCGGCAGCUGGAGUUCUUACGACCCCUGGUUGAAGACCCUCGCCUAGACAUGAGGAUCAUCCAGCUGGUGCGGGACCCCCGGGCAGUGCUGGCCUCUCGCAUUGUGGCCUUCUCAGGCAAGUAUGAAACCUGGAAGAAAUGGGCUUCAGAAGGAGCAGCUCCCCUCAAUGAGGAUGAGGUGCAGAGGCUGCGGGGGAACUGCGAGAGCAUCCGCCUCUCGGCUGAACUUGGCCUGAGACAGCCAGCCUGGCUGCGGGGCCGCUACAUGCUGAUCCGCUAUGAGGAUAUUGCCAGGUCACCCCUCCAAAAUGCCAAGGAGAUGUACAGGUUUGCUGGCAUCAGCCUCACCCCACAGGUGGAGGAAUGGAUCCAGAAGAACACCCAGGCACCUCAGGACAGCAAUGGCAUCUACUCCACCCAAAAGAACUCCUCGGAGCAGUUCGAGAAGUGGCGCUUCAGCAUCCCCUUCAAGUUGGCCCAGGUGGUGCAGAGCGUCUGCGGUCCAGCCAUGAAUCUAUUUGGCUACAAACUGGCCAGCGACCAAGAGACCCUCACAAACAGAUCCAUCAGUUUGCUGGAGGAAAGGAAGGCCUUCUGGAUCACGUAAGAGCUCUCAUCACUGGGUUUCUGAAUGGAAACAUACGGUUAGACUGAAAAAAGAAAAACCUGAGCACAAGAACAGCUGGGGAAGCAGGAAAGGGGCAAGUGGAAAGGGGCCACUGUCCCCUGCUGACACGCAUCACACCCUCGUUUAUAAGGCUUGUGUUUUCCAUGCGCUCCUCAUCCUAGCGAGGUGCUUUCUGAAUCUCCAGCAGACAGCAGGGGGAAUGCAGUAACAGCCAGGAGCUCUGGCUCGUCUGGAUGGAUUAUAAUGUGGCCACCCUUUGAAACUAAAUGGAGCUCAGAAGCUGGCAGUGGGGAGAACCAAAGCAGUAGGUACUAGCUUCCAUACCUCACCUCUUAGCUUUCUUCUCUGCACAAGCCCCACCCUUCUUUCAAAGGACAUUUCUGCACUAAACCUCCAAAGAGAGAAUUGUAUGUUUUAAAAAUCUUCGUACACUUUAAAAUCCCUCAUCUCGCUGAGUAUGAGCAAGGAGGUGAGAGGAGCCGAGGGUUGCACUGAUAUCGCCUUGGGCAAAAAGACUUCGCUAAACUGUAUUUGGUUGGAUUGACGGAACUGUCAGAAAGGGACUUGGUUGGGGUUUGUUGCCAAGAAACCUCUUAGUAAAUCCCCAGUGAGAGGAUCCGUGAGACUCUCUCCUCCCAUCCUGACUGCUGCUGCCUUAUGCUGACAAACACUUAUGUCA